CCACUCCCUUUCCCAUAUGUUUACUGAUUUUAUUGCUCUUCUUUAAAUUUAGGGCAUCGUACGAAAUCGUAAACAAAGAAAAUUCACGAAAUGGGUAUGGUAUUUGGGAAAAUUAGUGUAGAGACAGCAAAAUAUGAAGUUGUUCAAUCAUCAGAAGAUUACGAAAUCCGAAAAUACACUCCUUGUGUGGUAGCUGAAGUGGCUUACGAUCCAUCAAAAUUUGGCGGAGACCGUGAUGGUGGAUUCAUGGUUCUUGCAAAUUACAUCGGCGCUGCUGGAAAUCCUCAGAACACUAAACCUGAAAAGAUAGCUAUGACGGCACCAGUCAUUACUACUCAAAAAGCAUCAGAAAAGAUUGCGAUGACGGCUCCAGUCAUUACUACACAGAGAACACCAGAAACUGUUGAUACGCAUCAGGAAAAAACAACACCAACAUCCAUGGUUAUGCAGUUUGUACUGCCGACGAGCAAGUACACGAGCGUUGAGCAAGCGCCGAAGCCUACGGAUGAAAGGGUUGUGAUAAGAGAGGAGGGUGAGAGGAAGUACGCUGUGGUUAAGUUUUCAGGAUUAAUAACGGAUCAAUUGGUGGAAGAAAAGGUGAAGAAGCUGAUGGAGAGCUUGGAGAGAGAUGGCUGUAAGGUAAUUACUAGGGAAAAUGAGGAUAAGUUCUUGUUAGCUAGGUACAAUCCACCAUGGACAUUACCUAUGUUUCGUACAAAUGAGAUCAUGAUUCCCGUUGAAUGAUUGGGCGUAGUGAUAAAGUUUGUAAGCAGGAAACAAAUCUAUGAGUAAAUGCUAUUUGUUUACCAAUUGCAAUUUUCACAGUUGAUUACC